AUGGCCCUGAUCUACACUACGGCUGUCCCUAGUAUCGCUGCGGCCUAUCGGCAGCAAAGCUAUCUCCGCUCUGUCUACCUUUCCGGCUUGACCAGCCUGGCCAUCGGCAAGAUCAGCGCAAUCCUCGCUCAGACCUCAGACGCGUCGAUGGCACGGGGCAGCUUUCACCGGGAUUGCCUCUGGCUUGGGUUUUGGGCAUUGGUACCAUCAGUUCAUGCACUGCAGACACAGAAAAGUCCACCAUCAUUGACCGUUAAUCUCGUCCGAAUUACUACGUGGAAUUUAUUGGCGGCGGCCGGCUGUGCUGCGCAGGUUCCCGAGCGUUUGGGGGUGGUGGGACACUGGCAUCCGAGCCUGUACGCGAUGCAUCUCGUGUUGGUGUGGAGCAGCAUCUCGUAUGCCCACGGGGUCUGGGAUAUGGUACUCUGA